AUGUCUGGUUUAUUACCUCAACAAACCCCCCAUGCGGCUCCUCCAAGUGUCACUCGUCCCCCCUUUGAUUCAGCAUUUAAGAAUGCAGGGGGGUUGGCACAUUUCACCGACGAGCUAAAGCUUGACGCUGUGCGGGAAUAUGCGUCGAAAGACAGCAUUGAUGCCAUUCUGGAUAAAUUUCCCCAUCUUGCUCACGCUGAGUAUAGCGUACCAGCUGUUAUGGGCUUUGAUGAUCAUUCGACCGUCCUUUCUACUUUCCAAUCAAAAUCGUCAACAAACACCAAAAAAUCAGUCUUGUAUUACAUCCAUGGCGGAGGUCAGGUCAGCGGAAAUCGGUUCAGUGGCCUCGAUGCAGUCAUCAGUCUCCUUCCCAACAACGACGAUAUUGUGUUCGCUUCUAUCGAAUAUCGGUUGGCGCCCGAACAUCGUGCUCCAGCGGGAGCUGAGGAUUGUUAUGCUGGGCUCGUCUAUCUUGCGGACAAAUCCGUGGAACUCGGCAUCGAUCCUUCAAAGUUUGUCGUGUUCGGCAUUUCUGGCGGCGGACCACUUGCGGCAGCUUCAUGUAUGCUGUCCCGAAACCGCAGAUAUCCCCAGAUUCGGGCCCAGAUGCUUUCUGUCCCUAUGCUCGAUGAUCGGGAUGAUAUCGGUGUAUCAUGGAAACAGUUUGAGACCGGCACCCUGUGGCCAGGCAAAUCAAAUCGCAUGGCUUGGGAUAUGGUUCUUGGGCCGGAAAGAGGAGGCCCUCAUGUCGAUGAGAUACAGUGUGCAGCCAGGGCAACUGACCUAUCAAAGUUGCCUCCCGCCUUUAUUGAUGUAGGCGAAUGUGAAGUUUUCCGCGAUGGAGCAGUGGCAUAUGCUUCGCGCCUGUGGGAAUCUGGUGGCACGGCUGAGCUACACGUCUGGCCAGGUGUGUACCACGGGGCACAUUUGUUAGAGGAUACUCCCGUAACGCGAGCAAUGCUGGCUGCGGAAAAGGAUUACAUCGUUCGAGCGCUUGGCAUUCGCGAAGGUUAG